AUGCCGCGCUCGUUCCUGGUGAAGAAGAUCAAAGCGGACGGCUUCCAGUGCAGCGGGGUGCCGGCCCCCACCUACCACCCCUUGGAGACCGCCUACGUGCUGCCGGGUGCCCGGGGGCCGCCCGGGGACAGCGGCUAUGUCCCGCACUGCCUGCCGCCCAGCGGCUACGAUGCCGCCGACCAGAAGCCAGGCCUGGAGCUGGCGCCCUCCGAGCCCGCGUACCCGCCGGCGGCGCCCGAGGAGUACAGCGACCCCGAGAGCCCGCAGUCCAGCCUGUCGGCGCGCUACUUCCGCGGAGAGGCGGCCGUGACCGACAGCUACUCCAUGGACGCCUUCUUUAUCUCGGACGGGCGCUCGCGCCGGCGCCGCGGCGGGGGCGGCGGGGACGCGUCGACGGGCGCGGGGGACUCGGGCGGCGGCGGCGGCGGCGGGGGCGGGGGCGCGGGGGAGCGCGCCGGGCGCGCGGGGGCGCCGGCGGGGGGCGGGCACCGGCACGCAUGCGCCGAGUGCGGCAAGACGUACGCCACGUCGUCGAACCUGAGCCGCCACAAGCAGACGCACCGCAGCCUGGACAGCCAGCUGGCGCGCAAAUGCCCGACGUGCGGCAAGGCGUACGUGUCCAUGCCGGCGCUCGCCAUGCACGUGCUCACGCACAACCUGCGCCACAAGUGCGGCGUGUGCGGCAAGGCCUUCUCGCGGCCCUGGCUGCUGCAGGGCCACAUGCGCUCGCACACCGGCGAGAAGCCGUUCGGCUGCGCGCACUGCGGCAAGGCCUUCGCCGACCGCUCCAACCUGCGCGCGCACAUGCAGACGCACUCGGCCUUCAAGCACUACCGCUGUCGCCAGUGCGACAAGAGCUUCGCGCUCAAGUCCUACCUCCACAAGCACUGCGAGGCCGCCUGCGUCAAGGGCGCCGAGCCGCCGCCGCAGCCCGCCGCCGCCGCCGGCCCGGCCAGCUGA